CUGCACAUCACCGGCUCCAUAGAUGCGGGGCCGCCGGACGGCUCAAACUUCAACGGCUCACUUCUCUCCUGUGAGGAACAUGACCUCCCCCAUGAUGUGCUUACUAGCGCUGAGCUUACGAAGCGAUUCCCCGGCUACCGAUUGCCAUCUGAGACAAUGGCGGUCUUUCAGGGCGAAGGGGGCUUCGUGCUGCCGGAGCGCUGCAUCUCUCUGUUCGUCGAGCAGGCAAAAGCCCUCGGCGCGACCGUACAUACAAACGAGCGCACUCUGGAGUGGCAUCCAACCACGAAUGGCGUAAGCGUGCGCACCGAGCGCGGUGAAUACGAAGCCGAGACACUAGUCAUAUCGGCGGGGGCGUGGGUGGCCAAGCUACUUCCCGGACUUGGCGCGGCAGCUAUCCCAGAGCGUCAGGUGCUGGCGUGGUUUGAGAUACUACGCCCGGAGCAUUUCACGCCUGAUGUUUUCCCAGUUUUCAACUUGGUGGUGGACGAAGGUCAGUUUUACGGCUUUCCAGAAUUUGGAAUACCCGGCUUCAAACUGGGAAAGUACCACCAUCUCGAGGAGAAUGUUGACCCAGACACGAUUGACCGUGAGCCAAACGCCAAAGAUGAAUCAGUGCUGCGCGAUUUCACGGAAGAAUAUUUCCCGGGCGCCGCCGGCGCUACGGCUUCAAUGAAGUGGUCGCUGCUGGCUUUUCGGGUCAUGGCUUCAAGUUCUCCAGUGUCGUUGGAGAAAUCCUAUCAGACCUCGCAAUUGACGGCGCGACAAGCCACGACAUAG